AUGUCUGUGAGAAGAGGUCAGACCAAGAGCUACUUUGCCAGUGCAGAUGACACUAAAAUUUGUGUCGUUAUGGUUGGCCUUCCAGCCAGAGGCAAAAGUCUCAUAGCUGGGAAGGCAAUGCGAUAUCUUGCCUGGGUCGGCAUACCUGCUCGUGUAUUUAACGUGGGAACCUAUCGCCGAAGUAAUACACCGCAACCCAAUGCCACCUUCUUUGACCCUCACAACUCCGAGGGAGAGAAGAUGAGAAAGGCCGCCGCAGAGGCUGCCAUGUCGGAUAUGCUUCAAUGGUUUAGCUCCGGAAAAGGGGUUGUGGCUAUAUUAGAUGCGACUAACUCGACUAAAUCUCGGCGAAGUUGGAUUUACGAAAGCUGCCAUGCUGCCAACGUUGAAACAUUAUUCGUUGAGUCAAUAUGCGAUGAGGAAGACCUAAUAAUGAACAACAUCCUCGAAGUCAAGACCACCUCACCAGACUACAAGGGGCAGGACCCUGAGGCUGCUGCUUUGGAUUUCCGUAACCGAAUUCGCAAUUACGAAAAGGUGUACGAGACCAUUGACGAUAAUGAGAAGCACUACACCUACGUAAAACUCAUCAAUGUGGGGUCGACAGUGAUCAUAAACCAGAUUAAAGACUAUCUAUCUAGUCGACUGGUUUAUUAUAUCCAGAAUCUCCACAUAAAACCCCGGUCAAUAUGGCUCUCUCGUCAUGGAGAAUCAGAAUAUAAUCUUACAGGGAAGAUUGGUGGGGAUUCUAACAUUUCGCCCCGUGGCGAGGCCUAUGCCCGGGCACUUCCUGGUCUACUGAAAAAAUCAGGAGUGCCACCCAACACUAAAAUCGUGAUUUGGACAUCUACUCUCAGGCGGACAAUCCAGACAGCUCGACACCUCGCCGCGGAAACUGGAUACGAGAAGCUGGAAUGGAAAGCCCUUGAUGAACUUGACUCGGGGGUGUGUGAUGGCCUGACAUAUGAACAAAUCGCUGAAAAAUACCCAGAGGACUUCGCCGCGCGGGACGAGGACAAGUACAACUACCGCUACCGAGGCGGUGAAUCGUACCGCGAUGUUGUCAUUCGUCUUGAACCGAUUAUCAUGGAGCUGGAGCGCAGCGAGAACGUCAUCAUUGUCACUCACCAGGCUGUGCUGCGGUGUAUUUAUGCCUAUUUCCUGAAUACCCCUCAGGAGCAGAGCCCGUGGAUGGAGGUUCCUCUACAUACUUUGAUCAAACUUACUCCUCGCGCCUACGGUACCGAUGAACAGCGUUUUAAAGCCGACAUCCCAGCCGUGUCUACCUGGCGUGCCAAAGGAACAUCCGCAAAACAUCAAGAUUACCCUACACAGAUCAAAGCGUGA